GGGACCCCUGUCUUUUUUCCGCUCCCCGGGCCUGGCGAGAGGGGCGCGGGAGAGUCAGCUGACGGUAACGGCUGCCGCCUCCAUGGGGUCGGUUGUGGACAUCAAGCUGAAGCGGGCGAACAAAGUUUAUCAUGAGGGGUGCUCCCUCCUCACAGCCUUAGUGCAGCAGUGAAGCAGGCAUCACCAUUGAAGGGUUCGCAUUUAGGAAAUGAUUCUUGCUGUCCAGUUAGCUGAAGAACUUGCUAGGAAACUCUGUCUGGAGUGGUUAUUUUAUCCAGUAAAGAAGCCAUUCAGCACCAGGGAAUCACCUUGGCUAUGGAUGGGAUUGUUAGCCUGCAGCUCAGUGCGAAGAGUGUUGGUGUAUUUGAAGCUUUCUACAAUUCUGUCAAGCCUAUCCAGCUCAUCAGCAAUAGUGUAGAGGUAACCAAGGCAGGGAAGCUUCCCAGUGGCCGGACAGAAAUCCCUUUUGAAUUCCCGCUGAAGGUAAAAGGCAGUAAAGUUAUGUACGAGACGUACCACGGCGUCUUUGUAAACAUUCAGUACACACUACGUUGUGAUGUGCGUCGACCAUUGCUUGCCAAAGACUUGACCAAGAGCUGCGAGUUCAUUGUGCAUUCACUGCCUCAGAAGGGGAGGCUGACCCCAAGCCAUGUGGACUUCAGCAUCACCCCUGAAUCACUGCAGAACGUCAAGGAGAGGACAGCACUGCCUCGAUUCACAAUCCACGGCCGCCUUGACUCCACGAACUGCGUCAUCACCCAGCCGCUGACUGGAGAGCUAGUGGUGGAGAAUUCUGAUGUAUCCAUUAAAAGCAUCGAGCUUCAACUCGUGCGAGUGGAAACCUGUGGUUGUGCAGAGGGUUAUGCAAGAGAUGCCACAGAAAUUCAGAACAUCCAAAUAGCCGACGGUAAUGUAUGCCGAAGCCUCGCGAUCCCCAUCUACAUGGUGUUUCCUCGGCUUUUUACCUGCCCCACGCUGGAAACAACCAAUUUCAAAGUUGAAUUUGAGGUGAAUGUUGUGGUGGUUCUCCAGGACGACCAUCUGAUCACUGAGAAUUUCCCACUUAAAAUCUACCGGUUUUGACUUCCACAGGGAGCAGAGCGAUUGUCUGUCGAUGUGAUAUCCAGCGUCAAAGAUGACGAAUGACAUUGAGUUGCUGAAAACUAGUUCACAUUCCAUUUUGAAAAGCUCAUUUCCUAUGUAACUUGCCAAAUGGUUGAUUGGUAUGCACCUUUUGAGAAAUGGAAUAUUGUUUUCUUUUUGAAAAAAAAUAAAUAUUUGCACAUU